GACGGUUGUUGUUUGCUUAAGUUUCUAUCGACGACAUCAAACGACUGAUUGUCUUUUGUGACUUUCCGCCUCUUGGUCGAGACAUCAUCGGAGUCUGACGAGGAGAUACAGAGCCAUUUGUGGACGCUUCUCUGGUAGGCUGGACCUACACUUUCAUGUCACCUUCCUCAACUCAAGGUUGAUCUGUUACUAAAAGCAAAGUGAUCUCAGGACUUUAUUUGUAGGGAAUCUUUAUUGGCCUUAUUAUAAUGACUCCAUUUAAAAGAGGACUUCUGGGAGCGGCGCUGCUGUCCCAGCUUUUAUUUCUGAGCUGCACGCUCGGCCAGGACUUUGGGGAACAGUGUUUGGCCAAAUUCAAAAAGGGCCGAGAGGAUUUUAUACUUGAUGCGGAUGAAUCUGUGAAAGAUGGGGCGACGUUCAUCGCCUCCCCUAAAGUGGAACGCUACAAGGACUGCAUCCGCUCCUGCUGCAAGGACCCCAAGUGCAAUGUCGCCUUCAUGGAGAAUGGAGCAGAGGAGGGUUUAAUCAAGUCCUGCUUUCUCUUCAACUGCCUGUACAAAAAGAAAUACACCUGCCGCUUUGUCAGGAAGAAAGGAUACAUCAACUACUUUCUGGAUUCCGUUUAUGACACUGCUAUUGCAGAGGGCGACGACGCAAAUGCACAGGACCGUCCACCGGUGGCCAACGCAGGCCAGGACCAGGUGAUUCAGCCUCAGGACAGCGUGACACUGAAUGGCAUCGAGAGCAAAGACGACAAUGGGAUUGCGUCCUACCAGUGGAGCAUGGUGUCUGGAAAUACUUAUGCACACAUUGAGAAAACCAAUUUUGAAGACCAAGUCAUCGUGUCCAAUCUGACAUCUGGGGUGUACAAGUUCCAGCUGACUGUCACAGACACCAUCGGCCAGUCAGACUCGACCCAGAUCACCGUCCUGGUCCUGACCGCUGAACAGUCUGAGCACCACUGCAUGGCUCCAAAGAAGAUCGGGCCAUGUCGGGGCUCCUUCCCUCGCUGGCAUUACAACGCUGCCUCAGAGAAGUGUGAGGAGUUCACUUUUGGGGGCUGCAGGGAAAACCUCAACAACUACCUGUCCUUCCAGGAGUGCACCAACGCUUGCGAUGGUUCAGAAAAAAAUGAGAAAAGUGGAAGAGGUUUUCCAGCUCCUGGACCUCAAGGAGAAAAAUGUGGCGCUCCGUGUACCGCAGAGCAGUUUACCUGCGCCAACGGCUGCUGCCUGGACCCAGGCCUGGACUGCGACACAGUGAGCCAGUGCAGUGACGGCUCUGAUGAGGCGGACUGCAAAAACUUGGACAGCAAGUUUCGUAUCCUGCUGCAGAUUCCUGUGGAUGAGCAAAAAGUGCGCUGCACAGAGCCUCCAGAGACAGGAAGCUGCAGGGACAGCCUCACCAAGUGGUACUACAACCCCAUGCAGCAGAAGUGCUCCCGCUUCAACUACGGUGGCUGUGGCGGGACUGAGAACAGAUUUGAGUCAAAGGAGGCCUGUAUGAGGACCUGCAGAGAUGUUACAGAAAAGGAUGUAUUUGCCAGGAAGGAAGAAUUUGAUCGCAAUGUGUCUGACGCCAAGACAGGCAACAUAGCGAUAGCAGCUGUCCUGGGUGUAGGCAUUCUCAUCCUGCUUGGAAUCCUGGGUUACUGCGUCAUGAAAGGAAGGAAGAGGCCGUCACACACCCAGCAUGUGCCCGUCAAUGGCUCCCAGAUCACCAGCAUGGAGGACAGGGAGCGUCUGGUCUACAACUCCACCACCAAGCCCAUCUGAGCCCUCGACCCUGCUCUUUGACCCCUGGCCCUGCCGGUACCAGCGCUGUGUACUAUACUGAAUGAACUCUGAUUUUUAUUGAGAAAAAGCAAAAAACAAUGUCUGUUCAUUAUAUUGGAACAUUGGCAGUCAUAAUGUGUAGUAUAUGGAAGACAGAGCUUCUUCAGUAACAAAAUGUGAUCUCUUUUAGGUUUUGAUAUAUAUUUUUAUUUGUAUUUGUUGCAGUGGCCUGCCAUAAUUGCUUAUUAUUGAUUAACAAUAUUGAACUCAGGUAAAACAGAUGUCUGACUUGAACUGAAUUAAUGUUAUGAGUGGUAGAAUAUGGCUGGAUAUCAUCAUGCCAUUCCUACGGGUUCAGUUUGUAUUCUUAAAUAUUUUAUUUGUCCUGCUUUGGCACAGAUCAUAUUGGGUUUUCAGAACUCAGAUGUUCUGUUACUACAAAACUUUGACCCUUGGUUCCUUUGUCAGGCACUUUUGCUAAAAAAAAAAAAAAAAAAGAGUGAGCUCCAGGGAAUAAUGUGGAUACUUGGAUCAUACGGUGUUUCCCUUUAACCCACU